GUUAGUCAUCAUCUAGCCGACAGGAGCCCUCGACUGGGACUGCCUUCAUCCAGUCUUCUGGUGCCUUGGAUUUCGUUGUCCAUUGCUCUUGCAAUUUCAUCACAACUUUCAAGUUGCCGUAUGAUGCCACAAUACCAUUUUGGAAAGAACCCAUCUGGAUCGGAAGAAAACCGGAAGCCGUACCUGACUAAGCUGUUCUCUUGUCAUUCGAGCCGAGUCUUUGACGACCCACACGCGCCAGCCUUUGUGCGUCGCCAAACCAUAGAUCUACAGAGAUCACUUUGUUCGGAACCUUCCACGCUUAAUAUCACCAACAGUACCGAUCAAUCUCGUGGUCUUCGGCCAAAACUUCUUCGCACCCUACGCUCCUACAGUAGCCUCAAACCUUCAAUUGUUCACAGUCAAAGUGCUCCAUUCUUUUCAAAGCCCCCUACUCCUGAUAUCAGUCGACCUUGUUCCAUUUCGCCUGUGUCUUUCAAUCCGCCAUCCGAAUCCUCUCAGCCUAGCCGGCGUCGUUCUAGACUUCAGCGUGAUCCCCAGCGCCAUACUCGCUCACAUUCUAAUGGAUCCGUCUUCACAAUCGCUCAGACCCCCUGUCCCCAAGAACCUAUCCUCGUAGCUCCGCCUUGUGACCGCUGGCCAGCUCAAGAACGAGACCACGAAAAGUUGCACGAGUUGACGGACGAGAUGGGAGCCUGGCUGAGCUCUCUAGCCGAAUCAAGUUCAAGAGCUCGAGCCAGGCAUCUGGCCGGCUUAAGUCGAUUGCCAACAUCCACAAAGGAGCAGGAACACCGGAGACACAGAGUUGAAUGGGAUCUACAGGCUCCUCCAAGCUCACCGUCAUUCACAGUCAACUCAGGAGCAUAGUUCUACUACGAAACCUGCCUCAUUAACUCUUGCUCGGAUUUACGUCCUUUGAGUUCAUCACUCAGAACAGUUGAACAGUUAACUCUAAAUUUUACAUAUAACCUUAGCCAUUAACUAAUAUAAAACAAUUACAAACUGCUUUCACAAAUGAAAGGAAGAGUUCUGAUUCUGAUCUAUGCCGACUUUCAUGCUAAUCAUUGGAGUCAUCUUCUUAUUGAUAUAUCUUUCUAUUCCUUAGAUCGGAUCUUGUCUUCUUACUCUUCAUACAUUUUUUUCUGAUUGGACCUUGAAAGUAACCUUCUUUUCAUGUAAUCACAUUUGACCAAGUUACGAUCUACUCUUAUUCACUGUCAUCUCCCUUCCUUUGUGUACAAACAUCAAGUAUAUAACCCUACUGACUAUUUACUAGCUGUCAUGAAGAUAUUGUCCCGUACAUUUAACUUUAAGCUUAAGCGUUCUUGAGCCAUGUUUAAUAUCUACAUUCGAUUCAAAUU